AUGGAGGUGGUGGAGACUUGUACUCUACCUUCGGGGAAGGAGAGUAGUAUGGUGGAGGUGGUGGGGAGCUGUAUACGUAUGGCGGUGGCGGAGACUUGUAGUAUACCUUCGGGGAAGGAGAGUACUAUGGUGGUGGUGGUGGUGAGCUGUAGACGUAUGGAGGUGGUGGAGACUUGUACUCUACCUUCGGGGAAGGAGAGUAGUAUGGUGGAGGUGGUGGAGAGCUGCAGACGUAUGGCGGUGGUGGAGACUUUUAGUCAACUUUUGGAGAAGGAGAGUAGUAUGGUGGAGUAUGGUGGAGGUGGUGGAGAGCUGCAGACGUAUGGCGGUGGUGGAGACUUUUAG